GUCUGAUUGGACGGUGGGUUAAAAAUCAGCUGGUGAAGAGAGAGAGAGGUGGAAGUGCAGGAGCUGAUAAGGUCUGUUGGCGGGAAGAGUGCUCAGUGUGACAGGAAGGAAAGUUGAAUAUGCGGUUAUCUACAGCUGUCUCUGAACGCCACACAUAGAGCCCUCACAAUGCCCCCUGCAACAAAUGCUGAUCUAGGCUACACUCCUCCUGAUGGAGGUUGGGGCUGGGCUGUAGUUUUUGGAUCGUUCCUGUCCAUCGGCUUCUCAUACGCCUUCCCCAAAUCCCUCACCAUUUACUUCAAGGACAUCCAGGAGUAUUUCUCCAUCUCCUACAGUGAGAUCGCAUGGGUCUCCUCCAUCAUGCUUGCUACUAUGUAUGCUGGAGGACCGGUGAGCAGUAUACUUGUCAAUCGUUAUGGGAGCAGGCCAGUGGUCAUAAUUGGUGGUCUAAUGGCUGGGGUCUCCAUGAUUGCUGCUUCUUUUGGCACAACCAUCAUGCAUCUGUACUUAUGCAUAGGAGUCAUUGGAGGUCUUGGCCUUGCCUUUAACCUGCAACCUGCGCUGACCAUUAUUGGGAAAUACUUUCUUGUGAAACGACCCAUAGCAAAUGGUUUGGCCAUGGCAGGAAGUCCAGUAUUUUUGUCUACUCUGGCUCCACUCAACCAGUUUCUGUUUGACAACUUUGGCUGGCGAGGAAGUUUCUUCAUCUUGGGAGCCAUACUGCUUAACUGUUGUGUGGCAGGAGCACUGAUGAGGCCUGUUAAGAUAAGAAAGAAGCCAUUGCAAAAUCAAAACAGUGCUGGAAAUGAAGCAGGAAAAGAGAAUAGUGAUUCUCAGAAGGUUAGCUUAAGAAGUGAAAAUCAACAGACAAAGCAGACCGGAUGUACAUCAAAUGUGAACAAAUUCAUUGACCUGUCACUAUUCAAACACCGUGGUUACCUUAUAUAUCUUGUAGGGAAUGUUGUGAUGUUCUUUGGGUUCUUUGCUCCAGUUGUGUUCUUGGCACCCUAUGCAAAGCACCAGGGGAUUGAUGAGUAUUCUGCAGCUUUCCUGCUCUCUAUUUUUGCCCUGGUAGACAUGGUGGCUCGGCCAGCAACUGGUCUAGUGGCCAACACAAAAUGGAUCCGGCCCAGGAUUCAAUACUUCUUCAGCUUUUCUGUGGCAUAUAAUGGGUUGUGUCAUCUGGCAUGCCCCCUGUUGCCUGGGUAUAAAGGUUUGGUAGUAUAUGCCAUUUUCUUUGGCCUGGCCUUUGGAAUGCUGUGUGCACUGCUUUUUGAGGUACUAAUGGAUUUGGUGGGAGCACAACGAUUCUCCAGUGCAGUUGGACUUGCCACUAUUAUAGAAUGUGCCCCUGUUCUUCUUGGGCCCCCAAUUUCUGGUGCUUUGGUGGACAUCUUCAUGGACUAUAAAUACAUGUACUUUGCAUGUGGCAUGAUGAUGCUGGUCCCUGGACUUUUUCUCUUUGUUAUGAAUUUUUUUAACUACAGAUGGUUGGAGCAGGAACAAAACAGGCAGAAGCAGGAUGAUCUGCACAUUGGUUCAGCCAAAGAACUUGCUGCUAUGGAAGAGGCAAUUGAUAUUGAGCAAAAAAUCAAACUCAGCCAGAAAGAACAAUUGAUGGACUUAGCUAGCAGGGAAACAUAAUGCUAUGCACUUGGAUUUUAAACUGAAAAUGAAUCCAUCCACAUAUUUAGAUAAACUAUCUAUUUUGCUAUAAACCCAAAUAAGUUACAUGCUGCAUAAUGUUACUAUCAUAUUCAUAUUUGUCAUGGAACAUCUCUAGCCAGCAUGCCCACAACACGUAGGGUUAGUGCUCAAGUUAGUUACAGUAAGUUGCAUACCAACACCAGGAGUUCUACAAUUUAAGCUCACCACUUAGUAUUAAAUCUUGCUCCAUGAGCUUGCAUUGCACACUUCUGUUCUAGCUUUCAACCAUAUUGACAUUGUUUGUUUGUUUUGUUGCUCUUAUCUAUUCUCCUUGCCUUUUGAUCUUCGGUUACUGAUUCUCUGUUGCAUAAGACCUCCUGUGUCUAGGCUUUAUUACAACAAAAUGCACUUCAACAAAACUUCAACUCCUUUCCGCUGUUCAGCAAACCCAUGCAUUGCCUAUCCAUCAGCAUUACACCAUCAGUUACACACACUUGGCACAGUCACCAUUUUAUGACCCGUUUUUAUCCAUAUUUCAGGCUGUAUUAAAUAAUCCCCUGGAUUUUAGAAAUUAUGGACAAAGAAUCAGUUGACUUCCAUGGGUUGAAAUAACACUACAGAAUAUGUUCAGUUUGCACGCUGGCUGCCGGCAGGAAAGGAAUGGACGACAAGUAAUUACAGUGUAAUUAAUCCUUCAGAAUUUUUUGCAAAACAAAUUGUUAUUGUGCAAUGAUUAUUUAAUUAUUGAUUAUUUGAUUAUUUAAACUCUUGUCUAUUUGGUUGAAUAUUUUGCUUUUUGAACACCAAAAUAAAUGUACAUGUUUUUUUUAAA